CCUGACACCGGAAGUGUAACAUUUGGUGACGUCAGAAAACAGGAAGGAAUUAAAGAAACGCAUGUGGUUCGGCUUUAAUGAUUUAACACUUCAACGUGUCUUUUCUCCAAAGUAGUUUUUAGCUGCUGCCAAGCUGGCCAGAAACACUUUCUGCUUUAAAGAGACACAAAUUUUCUUUUAUUUCUUUCAAGCUGGCGAAGAAACCUGAAGCUCACCGUUUAUGAUGUCACAGGCCACCAAACGCAAACACGUUGUCAAGGAGGUUUAUGGAGACUUUGUCACGCCCACAGAAAACCAGCAGAUUGUAAAGGUUACUGGUAGCCGUGGUAACAACCUCCAUGAAGCUGUCACGGCCCAGGGUGUGACUUUCCUGGUGAGCAUGCCCACCAAGUUCCGCAAGAACCUCUGGAUCAAGAGAGGUGACUAUGUGAUUGUGGAUCCCAUUAAGGAAGGAGAGAAGGUGAAGGCAGAGAUCAGCUUCAUUCUCUACAAAGAUCACAUUCAGAACCUGCAAAAACUACACCUCUGGCCAGAGGGGUUUACGGAGGAGCCGCCAGAGCAGGACAAGAACGACAAACUGCAGGAUAAGGACAAGGAGACGGAGGAGAAAGACGAGGAAUUCAGUGACUCUGAAGAUGAUGAAAGCGACAUCUUUGUAAACACCAACCGCUGUAACUACCAUUACAGUGAGAGUGAGGAGGAGGACAGUGAGGAAGAAGACAAAGAGAAAAGGACAGAAAAUGGUUCAUAGUUGGCAGCACGGAGGACACGGACAAUCAAGAGCAAGAGUUGUGGAAAUCACGAGUCCGUGUGCUCUGCUGCUGCGGGAUGACUGAUGAUUUGAAAUGAUGAUCCUGAUGCAACAGCUCCCUCUGGACUCUGGCCUGUUGUAGCGAUAAAUGGCUGGGCUCGUUGAAUGGACUUAAACUUAAUGGAACAAAAUAAGUCUUGCUUGUUUAUAUGUUUAUAUGCAUUAAAAAUCCCAGUAAUGUCACACUUUAACUGAAAUUGAAUAAGAAUCCCAUGUCAGUUUGAAAUUCUGUAGGAUCAGUUUCUACUGUACUGUCGGUGUCUAACUGAGCAUGUCACAAACUCAAGCAUGUUUAUAUUCUGACCUCCAGUGCAGCCAUUACUAAAGUACAUUACAGCGUAUACGCUGCACCCAGGCCUUACUGUACAUUUGCAGGAUGAUGUUAAUGUAAACGGUUAUAUCCAUACCUCCUCCUCCAUAGGACAAUAUAAAUCUGUUGGAAACUCACAAAAAUUGCAUAACUCAAAACCUUUACAACGUUGGCAGAACAACUUUUUUUCAUGAUGGAAGUCCGGAGCGUGGUGACAAUUUAAACAGCUCCAGUUUCACUGGUCCCUUAAAAAGAUAUCGUUUUAACUAGCUGGACUGUAAGCCGCUAUUUUGCGGAGCUCCUUGUAGUGCUGAUUGUAUUGAUUUGAUUUUCAAAUGAUUGCAGCUGAUUGCAAUGGGGAUUUGCUGUGUUAAAAGCACCGAAAGAUCAAGAUGCAUACUUGUUCAUUGUGACUGCUGUGUGCCUCAUCUUUUUCUGACAUUCCUUACCCAGUUGCUGAUUUUGAUUUGUGUAAUGAUAAGGUUUUGGAAAUAAAUCUUAAGUUGUGUUUUUGGA